GUGACAGGGCCCGGAAGCGGCUGUCCAGGAGGCUAGAAAACCAUGGCUAGGGGUCGGCGCUGAGGCUACGCGAGGUGGGCUGAGCAGGAGCGGGAGCCAGAGCCGGAGCCGGAGCCGGAGCGGGAGCCCGGGCCGGGCAGGGCCGACCGCUACCAUGUCCACACAGAGGCUUCGGAACGAAGACUAUCAUGACUACAGUUCCACAGACGUGAGCCCCGAGGAGAGCCCAUCUGAAGGCCUUGGCAGCUUCUCCCCCGGCUCCUACCAACGCUUAGGAGAGAACAGUAGCAUGACAUGGUUCCAGACCCUGAUCCACCUGCUGAAAGGCAACAUUGGCACCGGACUGCUGGGGCUGCCUCUGGCAGUGAAGAACGCAGGCCUCCUGUUGGGUCCUCUCAGCCUGCUGGUGAUUGGUAUCGUGGCCGUGCACUGCAUGGGUAUCCUGGUGAAGUGUGCUCAUCACUUAUGUCGUAGACUGAACAAACCCUUUUUGGACUAUGGGGACACGGUGAUGUAUGGACUAGAAUGCAGCCCCAGCACCUGGGUCCGGAACCACUCCCACUGGGGAAGGCGCAUCGUGGACUUCUUCCUCAUCGUCACUCAGCUGGGAUUCUGCUGUGUCUACUUCGUGUUUCUGGCGGACAACUUUAAGCAGGUGAUAGAGGCAGCCAAUGGGACCACCACCAACUGCAACAACAAUGUGACCGUGAUCCCGACGCCCACCAUGGACUCUCGACUCUACAUGCUCUCCUUCCUGCCCUUCCUGGUGUUGCUGUCUUUCAUCAGGAACCUGCGUGUGUUGUCCAUCUUCUCCCUGCUGGCCAACAUCAGCAUGUUCGUCAGCCUGAUCAUGAUAUACCAGUUCAUUGUCCAGAGGAUCCCAGACCCCAGCCACCUCCCCUUGGUGGCUCCAUGGAAGACCUACCCUCUGUUCUUUGGCACAGCGAUUUUUGCUUUUGAAGGCAUUGGAGUGGUUCUACCCCUUGAGAACAAAAUGAAGGACUCACAGAAAUUUCCAUUGAUUCUGUAUUUGGGGAUGGCUAUCAUCACUGUACUCUACAUCAGCCUGGGGAGCCUGGGGUACCUGCAAUUUGGAGCUAAUAUCAAGGGCAGCAUCACCCUCAACCUGCCCAACUGCUGGUUGUACCAGUCGGUGAAGCUGCUGUACUCCAUAGGCAUCUUCUUCACCUAUGCCCUCCAGUUCUAUGUCGCAGCUGAGAUCAUCAUCCCGGCCAUUGUGUCCCGAGUGCCUGAGCAUUUCGAGCUGAUGGUGGACCUUUGUGUGCGCACCGCCAUGGUCUGUGUGACAUGUGUGCUGGCCAUCCUCAUCCCACGCCUGGACCUGGUCAUCUCCCUGGUGGGCUCUGUGAGCAGCAGCGCCCUGGCCCUCAUCAUCCCGCCCCUGCUGGAGGUGGUCACCUACUAUGGAGAGGGCAUUAGCCCCCUGACCGUCACCAAGGAUGCCCUCAUCAGCAUCCUGGGCUUCGUGGGCUUCGUGGUGGGGACCUACGAGUCUCUGUGUGAGCUGAUCCAGCCAAGCCAUAGCGACUCCUCUACCAAUUCCACCAGUGCCUUCAUAUAAGGAUCUGGGUGUGCUCCCUCCACCAGCCUCACCCUGUGUGUCUCCCAGUAGUGUCCCCACAUCCUCAGGUAUAGUCCAGCCUCUGGAAAAAGGCAGGGUUGCUGCCUGGGCACUGCUCUAUCUGGCAUUGGACCCUUGGGUAACCUGGGCUAGAUGAGACUGAGACUGGGGGAGGGCGGGGAGCAGCCCCUCCACUUGUGAUGGUGCCGUCGCUGCUCUCCUUCAUCACGCCUCCUCCCUCGGCACUGCCCCCCCCGCCACCCCCCCGCCCCCCCCCCCCCCCCCCGUCUGACCAGCCACGCCUAAAUUAUUCCCAUUGCACAGCUCACUUUAUUUAAAAGGUAGUCUCUGGCUCCCGACAUUUUCUCCUUUCCUGGGCCAGGCCUAGAUUAAAUAAGUGGGGACUCUCAUGUUUUACAAAGCCAGGCCUCUUUCUCAUCAGGCUCCCAAAUGCUGUACCUCACUGUUCCACCCAGCUGAGUCCUGAGAGGGUUCUGGAUGCCCCCCCACCCCCAAUAGUUUACAGCCAGCCCUGAAUGCUGAAGGUUUCCAUCUGCUGUCUGACUUGGGGAACCCACAGGCCACGUCACCUCUUCUCGUUUCCUCUGUGUAGGUCACAGUGCUGCCCCUUGAUUUCUUUAAAGACAAUGAGACACUGCUCAGGCUGGAGGUAUUUACGGUGUAUUUAAGCUUAGGGUUCAGGCUCUUGACUUCAGACCUGGCAUCACAGCUUCAGCAGCUUGGCACUUGGCUUCUCCUUCCACUAAGACACCUGCUCCAGGGGACCUUGGAUAUGCCCUCCGCCCUGCCCUCUUGGCCAUUUUGUUGUUUGUUUGUCUGUUUUGUUUUUGUUUUGUUUCCAGACAGGGUCUCAUGUCACCAGAGUUGGCUUUGAACUUGCUUGCUGUGUAGUCAAGGAUGACGAUGGGCUCUCAGUUCUCCUACCGUUGCCUCAAGUAUGGAGGUUACUAGCAUGAGCUGCCACUCCCAGCUGGCUCAGAGACCUCAAGCAGAUCAUGUGAGCAUGCACCGCCUCUGGAAGCCCCAUGCUUCUGUGGACUUCCAUUCAUGAGACUGACUCCAUAUGGGCACUCGGAAGUACUCGUGUAUACAAGGCUAAGGACGGGGCGCAGUUCCUCUUCAUAGACACUACGCACAAGGGUCAUUGUUUACAGUUCCUGGGGAGAGAGCAGAAUCCCUGCCUUGCCCCAAGCUGCCUCUGUAUCCUGGGCUUCCAAGGAACCACUAAACACUAACUGUGGCCCAUACCUGCCCCUAUUAUGCCUCUCACAGAGUCACCUGGCUUCUAGGUCAGUCAUCUUAGGGUGUGCCUUUAGAGGCCACUGAGAGUCCAUGACUUGCCACUGCUCCCCUGUUGAUGUCAGGAUUCCCAAAGGACAGCUGUUGGCUCUCCAUCUCUGGGUUAUGUGUGUGUGUGUGUGUGUGUGUGUGUGUGUGUGUGUGUGUGUGUGUGAUAGUGAACACGUGUGCAUGCACACAUAUGCACACUACAGAGCGGUUUGUGUCUCCUCUCUGGUUACCAGGCUCUUAACUACAGAUAGGAUUUGCCUUGAAACUCGAGUUAGAGAAAGAAGCAAGAAUUUAUCAGAGUGCUGCUUUUGUGUUUGACAGAAGCUAGUGGCCCAACCUUGCAGCCAAGCCCCUUCUCGCUGUUCUGUCCAGAGCCUGCUGCGUGACUUCUAGGUCACAGGAUGGGAAGGAUGGUUUCUGGCUACAGCAGCCACUGUCCUUAGCAGCGUUGCUAGGAGUAGCCAUUGCUGUCUUGGCCCCGAGGAGAGCAAUGCUUUUUUCCCUUUCUGGCAUCAGCAUCCCCACAGGUGCUUAUGUGGCCUGGUUCCAGCUGGGACUCACAGACGCCUUGCUUUCUGAAGUCUCAGGCUGGAAAGUGACCAAAGUAGGUUUAGACGCUGGCCAGCAACCCAACUGUGGGCCAGGCUCUCUCUUAGAAGCCACCUGAGCUUGGCUUCCUGGGUGGGAAGAAAGUCUAUUCUGAACUUUUACAGGCGCUCCUACCCAGGUCUAGACCCAUUGUCCAAGGCCAGCUACUCUUCAGGGCCCCUGGCCUGACACGGUGUGGUGUGCCUUCUGUAGCAUUUGGCUGAGGGCAGCUUCCUUGGUACCUUGGUAUGGCCCACAUCUUUUGACCUCUUGCUAUACUCCUGAGGUACUGUCAGUUUGGUGACCUGACUCUUUGAGCAAGGUCAGGGCCUUUCUGGAUGGACACCAGGAAGCUGCUAAGCACAUAGUGCCAGGCGCCACACACAGCCCAGGCGCCCACAGGAGCCCUGAGUCAGAGCCCUCCUGACCCCUCCCACUGUCAGUUUGGAGCCAGAUGGCCCCCGGUGGGAAAACAGAUAAAUGGGAGCUUGGGCAGAACAAUAUAGACAAGGCUUGUGGAAACUAAGCCUGAAUCCAGAUGCCCCAGAGGCAGACAUGCCCCAUCCUUGCCAGCCCAUUCCUUGUCUGUACCCAAAGUCAGAGGCCAGUUAUCGAAAACUUGAAUGUGAGCACUUGCUGGGAAGCAUGUGAUCUAGCCCGAGCAACCCACCGUGCCCUUAGCUGUGGCAUCACUUGUGCUGCUGUCUGGGUCGGGAGAGGUAGAGGUUAGCUUAGGCCCACCUGUCUCACCUCACUAGCCACACCUAUGGGCAGGUGCUCCUGUCUGCUCUCUUCCCCUGGAAGUCUUGUGCUAAGUGUGAUCAGUGGUCUGAAGCUAGAUCCCAGAGCCUGUCCUUAGGCUGUCUCAUCCUCAGAUUUCUCCCUCCCGUCAGUGUCUGCUCUUUGGAUUCCAUUGUUUCACUUGAUCCUUCCAGGAAGUGCAGAGCUCAGAUCAUGUUUACAGCACUCACUACCCCCUUCUAAUGCCCGCCCGCCCACCUGCCUGCCCGACAAGGGCUCUGGACAAGGGUUUGCUUUCCCUGCUAGCCAGCCCCAGCCACCAUUCCCACUGGCACACUGAGGCUUUCUGGGGCCUGAUAUGGGAACCAGACAGAGUGGUCGGACGUGGCAAUCAGGAGGGUGGCGCCAAGCUGGCUUGAGAAUUUAAUUUUCCAAAGUACAUUACAAAUCAGAUACCAUUAGGGGAAAGCGGGCCAUGUGGCUCAUCUUUGAAACUGUGGUCAAUACUUGAAGGCACUUUAGUCCUGCUGGCCGCGCCAGCUUCCGUCUGGCCGGUGUCUUCUUUUUCUGUGUGUCCCGAGCCAUUCACUGGUCAGAGACAUUAAACCGUGCUCAUAAGCAGUUAUCAAAAAAAAGCAGCAGAAAAUGAGGCUGGAAGGAGCCUGGUGUUUACCCUGUUCUUUGGUUUAAAUCAAGCCGAUGUUGAAGAAGCUGGAAUUUUUUUUUUAUGAAUAAUAAAAUCCCACGUCUAUAUCGUAAAGCUGUCAGUAUAUGUUGAAAUCAAGGAACGAGAGAACUGCCCUACAGAGAGUCUUAACAGCCAGACAGUACCGUGUGCUGGCGCCUACCUGGAUGUGCAUUGCGUACACGCGUGGGGCAUGUCAGAGCUUCAGAUGUGCAUUGCGAACAUGCAUGGGUCAUGUCAUAGCUUCAGAUGUGCAUUGUGUACAUGUGUGGGUCAUGUCAGAGCUUCUAGGUCUCAUUUGGGUUGCACAUAUGGAUCUUGUGUUAAAUUUCCACUUCAAUAAAUGAAUUUUAUUUUUUAUUUUUGA